UCGCUCGUUUGGGAGUCAGGUCCGAGAUCCUGAAACUUGCUGGAUAGAUCUAUCAACGCCUCUCCUUUACUUCUCUCGUACUGUUUCUUCAGUGUUUUGAUUGCAUUUGUUAGCUCGAACAUCUUUUAAUUGUCGUUUUUUUACCAUUCAUUUUGGGAAAUUAUGAUGUAUUGGAUCUGUUCGGACUUGCAGAAGUGGAAAUCGACCUGAUAGAUUCGAUUGGUGCGGUCUGAAUUGAGCCUGACCUGACUGAGAUCAUCGCCAUUGGAAGAGAAAGCUAUUGGUGAUUGAUAUGGCUGCUGGUGGUUUUGUUACUCGGGCUUUCGAGUCUAUGCUUAAAGAAUGUUCUGGCGGCAAGAAGUACCCGGCCCUUCAGAAAGCUAUCCAGGCAUUUCUAGAUAGUACGAAAGAGGUCAAUCAGAGUCAACAUUCCACGCCUGUGGAGACAAUCCAACCGGAAACUUCAGCUGGAGAUACCAGUGAAACUGGAGGUGAAGCAGUUGAGUCUCCGAUAGCACAAACGGCACAGGAGGCUGAGAACGAGGGCAGUAAAGUUGCUCCACGUGAACAUAUAUCAAUUGUGUUAGCGAAUGCUGGCCAUGUCUUGCAAGGAGCUGACGCAGAGAUUAUUUUGAAUCCACUUCGCCUUGCAUUUGACACACAGAAUUUGAAAGUCCUAGAACUUGCUUUGGAUUGUCUUCAUAAACUCAUUGCUUACAAUCAUUUAGAAGGCGAUCCUGGUUUAGAAGGUGGUAAAAAUGUCCCUCUUUUCACUGACAUUUUGAACAUGAUUUGCGGUUGCAUUGACAAUUCAUCACCUGAUAGUACAAUUUUGCAAGUUUUGAAGGUUCUUCUUACUGCAGUUGCAUCUGCAAAGUUCAGAGUACAUGGGGAGCCUUUAUUAGGAGUAAUAAGGGUUUGCUACAACAUUGCUCUCAAUAGCAAAAGUCCCAUAAAUCAAGCUACUUCAAAGGCAAUGUUGACUCAGAUGAUCAGCAUAAUAUUUAGGAGAAUGGAAACUGACCAGGUUAGUUUAUCUACUUCCUCUGGGACAAAAGAAUCCAUCUCAGCAGAAAUUUCCAGUGGGGUAGAUGAAGAAAAUACUGUGAGUGAUGAAAAUGGCAAUGAGACUACACUAGGAGAUGCACUUAAUUCAGUUAAAGACACAUCCCUUGCAUCAGUAGAGGAACUUCAAAACCUUGCAGGUGGUGCUGAUAUUAAGGGUUUAGAGGCCGUGCUUGACAAAGCUGUUCAUAUUGAAGAUGGUAAAAAGAUGUCACGAGGGAUUGAUCUGGAGAGUGUGAACAUUGUUCAACGUGAUGCUCUACUGGUAUUUCGCACCCUUUGCAAGAUGGGAAUGAAGGAGGACACUGAUGAGGUCACCACCAAGACUCGCAUUUUGUCUCUUGAGCUUCUGCAGGGUUUAUUAGAAGGGGUUAGUCAGACAUUUACAAAAGACUACCAUUUUAUUGACUCCGUGAAGGCAUAUCUUUCAUAUGCUUUAUUACGAGCUUCUGUUUCUCAAUCUCCUUUAAUAUUUCAGUAUGCAACUGGAAUUUUCUCUGUGCUUUUGUUGCGAUUCAGGGAUAGUCUUAAAGGUGAAAUUGGCAUCUUCUUUCCCCUGAUAGUUCUGAGAUCAUUGGAUGGAACAGAUUUUCCGGUUAAUCAAAAAUUAAGUGUUCUGAAGAUGCUUGAGAAAAUAUGUAGGGAACCCCAAAUCCUUGUUGACAUAUUUGUCAACUAUGACUGUGAUCUUGAGGCUCCUAAUUUGUUUGAACGCACGGUAACCACUUUAUCUAGAAUUUCUCAAGGCACCCAAAAUGCUGAUCCAAAUUUGGCCGCCGUAUCUCAGACAACUUCAAUUAAAGGAUCAUCACUUCAAUGUCUUGUGAAUGUGCUCAAAUCAUUAGUUGACUGGGAGAAGUCACGUCUUCAUUCAGAAAAGCUGAGUUUAAGCAUUCAUUCGUCAGAAGAAGAGCCUUCAGGCAAUGAAAAUCUUGAGAUCAAGAGCAGGGAAGAUGUGACGGGAAAUUUUGAGAAGGCAAAAGCUCACAAGUCCACGGUGGAAGCUGUCAUUUCUGAGUUCAAUAGGAAACCUGUAAAGGGUGUUGAAUAUCUGAUUGCAAAUAAGUUGGUGGCGAAUACACCAUCUUCAGUUGCCCAGUUUCUUCAAAAUACUCCUAGUUUGGACAAGACUAUGAUUGGUGAAUAUCUGGGUCAGCAUGAAGAGUUUCCUAUCGCAGUCAUGCAUGCAUAUGUAGAUUGCAUGAAAUUUUCAGGCAUGAAGUUUGAUGCUGCAAUUCGUGAAUUUCUCAAAGGUUUUCGACUUCCUGGGGAAGCUCAAAAAAUAGAUCGCAUCAUGGAAAAAUUUGCUGAACGAUAUUGUGCUGACAACCCAGGCCUUUUCAAGAAUGCAGACACUGCAUAUGUUCUAGCUUAUGCAGUGAUCAUGUUGAACACCGAUGCUCAUAACCCUAUGGUGUGGCCUAAGAUGUCGAAGCCUGAUUUUCCUGAUUUUGUUCGUAUGAAUGUCACGAAUGAUCCAGAAGAUUGUGCCCCUACAGAACUCCUGGAAGAGAUAUAUGAUUCUAUAGUUAAGGAAGAGAUCAAAAUGAAAGAUGACACCAGUGACAAAGCAAAAAGCCGCAGAGAGGGUGAAGAGAGGGGAGGUCUUGUGAGUAUUCUUAACUUGGCUCUUCCAAAAAGAAAGUCCUCUACUGAUGCCAAAUCUGAGAGUGAGGCUAUUAUUAAGCAAACACAAGUUAUAUUCCGCAAUCAAGGAGCAAAAAGAGGAGUUUUUUAUACCUCGCAGAGAAUUGAGCUUGUAAGGCCUAUGGUUGAGGCUGUAGGAUGGCCUUUACUUGCUACUUUUUCUGUUACUAUGGAGGAAGGUGAUAAUAAACCUAGGGUUGUUCUUUGUAUGGAAGGGUUUAGAGCUGGUAUACAUAUUACCUAUGUUCUUGGAAUGGAUACCAUGCGCUAUGCANUUCUUUUUUCUUUUGCCAGGUUUACUUUCUUGCAUGCGCCGAAGGAGAUGCGUAGUAAAAAUGUAGAAGCCUUACGCACGCUAUUAGAUCUGUGUGAUUUAGAGACAGAAUCCCUUCAAGACACUUGGAAUGCAGUUUUAGAGUGUGCAUCUCGUCUUGAAUACAUCACGUCAACUCCUUCCAUUGCGGCAACUGUCAUGUAUGGAUCAAAUCAAAUCUCCAGAGAUGCUGUUGUUCAAUCCCUAAGAGAGUUGGCUGGGAAGCCUGCAGAUCAAGUAUUUGUGAACAGUGUCAGACUUCCCAGUGACUCUGUUGUGGAGUUUUUCACUGCUCUAUGUGGUGUCUCUGCUGAAGAACUGAAACAAACUCCUGCACGUGUUUUCAGCUUGCAAAAGCUUGUUGAGAUAAGCUAUUAUAAUAUGGCUCGUAUACGAUUGGUUUGGGCUAGGAUAUGGUCUGUCUUGUCAAAUCACUUUAUUGCUGCCGGGAGCCAUCACGAUGAGAAGAUUUCAAUGUAUGCUAUAGAUUCUCUGAGGCAGCUUGGUAUGAAGUACUUGGAGAGAGCUGAACUUGCCAACUUCACAUUCCAAAAUGACAUACUUAAGCCAUUCGUUAUUCUCAUGCGGAACAGUCAAAGUGAAUCUAUAAGGAGCCUCAUUGUUGACUGUAUAGUUCAAAUGAUAAAAUCAAAAGUUGGUAACAUAAAGUCUGGAUGGCGAAGUGUUUUUAUGAUUUUCACAGCUUCUGCUGAUGAUGAAUCUGAGAUAAUUGUUGAAAGUGCCUUUGAAAAUGUUGAACAGGUUAUAUUGGAGCACUUCGAUCAGGUAGUUGGGGAUUGUUUUAUGGACUGUGUCAACUGUCUUAUAAGGUUUGCCAAUAACAAAAGUUUCCAUCGUAUAAGCUUGAAAGCUAUCGCACUCCUACGUAUAUGUGAGGAUCGAUUGGCAGAGGGCCUUAUACCUGGUGGUGCUUUGAAGCCGAUCCAUGAUAGUACUGAUCCAGCAAUUGAUAUGACUGAGCACUAUUGGUUCCCAAUGCUUGCUGGGUUAUCAGAUUUGACGUCAGACCCAAGACCAGAGGUCAGAAGUUGUGCACUGGAAGUUUUGUUUGACUUGCUCAACGAGAGAGGUGCCAAGUUCUCAACGUCGUUUUGGGAGAACAUUUUUCAUCAUGUCUUGUUUCCAAUUUUUCAUCAUUUGAGACAUGUUGGGAAGGAAAGCUUGAACUCUAGCAGUGACGAGUGGCUUCGCGAAACAAGUAUUCACUCGAUUCAAUUGCUUUGCAAUCUCUUCAAUACAUUUUACAAGGAGGUGUGCUUUAUGCUACCUCCACUGUUGAGCUUGCUAUUAGAUUGUGCAAAGCAGCCGGAACAAUCAGUGGUUUCAUUGGCUUUGGGUGCUCUGGUGCACCUAAUUGAAGUUGGUGGACACCAAUUUAGCGAGGAUGACUGGGACACGUUAUUAAAAAGUAUAAGAGAUGCUUCAUACACAACACAACCACUUGAAUUACUAAAUGCUUUGGGUUUUGAGAACCCAAGCCAUGAUGAGGUGAAUAUUGUUGGUGGUACUUCCUUGAAGUCGGUUAGUCCACUAGAAGCAAAGAACCUUCACUUUGAUGUCGGUGACCACAGAAAGGUAUCUCCACUACCAUCACCAAGGGUUGCAGAAAUCAAUACUCGGAAUACCAUCAACGAGUCUGGGAUACAGAUUACCUCGGAUGAGUCUGCUGAAGGCCUUCCAUCACCGUCAACAAGAGCUGCUGAAGCUGGAAGUCUACAGCGGAGUCAAACAAUAUGCCAAAGAAUUAUGGGCAAUAUGAUGGACAAUAUUUUUGUUAGGAGUCUUACUUCAAAAACUAAGGGAGUUGCAUCAGAUGCCUCUGUGCCAUCUUCUCCAAUAAAGCUUCCUCCUGACACUGUGGAUCCUGAGGUGAAAGACGAUUUGACGAUUCAGAAAAAAUAUUGGGUCAAGCUGAAUGCACCACAAAAGAUAGCCAUUAUGGACAUUUUGUUAUCUUUGCUGGAAUUUUCUGCUACAUAUAACUCAUACAACAAUCUCAGACAGCGCAUGCAUCACAUUCCUAAUGAGAGGCCUCCACUGAAUCUUUUGCGUCAGGAGUUAGCUGGAACUUCAAUUUAUCUCGACAUCUUACUUAAAGCAACUUCAGGAAUCAAUACAAUCGAAGCAGGACAAGAAAAAACGGUCGAUAAACUGGAGGUUAAGACUGAAUCAGCCAACGAUGGUUUAACUUCCGCCCCAGAUUCUAGUGCAGUAAACGAUGUAGACGGAGUAGCUGAAAGCAGGCUAGUAUCGUUCUGCGAACACACUCUUAGGGAGGCAUCGGACCUGCAAUCCUCUGUAGGGGAAGCCACGCACAUGGAUGUUCAUCAAGUUUUGGAGUUACGUUCUCCCGUGAUUGUUAAGGUUAUCAAAGGCAUGUGCUUUAUGAACAGUCAGAUAUUCAGAAGACACCUGAGAGAGUUUUAUCCUUUGCUUACAAAACUUGUCUGCUGUGACCAGAUCGAUAUUCGUGGAGCUCUUGGUGAACUCUUCAAGAUACAAUUGAAAGCACUUGUGCCAUAAUUUCAAAACAUCAUUUGUUCUCAAAUCUCUCAAGAAGUGCUCUGUUUAAGCAUUCUUACAUAGAACCAAGCUUGCACCUAUAUCCGCCAUAUAUUUCAUGUUCCUCAAAGUUUGAGUUCUAGUAGGAACUGCAAGAAGAGGGUUAAAGUAGAAGUUAACCACUGUAAAAGGAGGCAAACAGCAACAUAUUUUAACGUGGAUGAAGGGAAAUUGUACUGCCUCCCUGGUUUUACUGCGUGGUUAAAUUAAUUGGGGGUAAGAUUUCAGAAAUUAUUCAUCUCCCCAAUUUUGAGAUUUGAAUUGAUUACUUGAUUAUUAAAGCAUUGAUUUUAGUGACCUGUAAUUAUUCAUAUUAAUACUCGUCUAAUUUGAGUGCAAAGCUUUUGUUA